AUGGCUGGUUACCUCUUAUACAUCAUCUUCCUGUCGAUCGGACCCAAUUUCAUAGCAGCAGUCAACUACAUCUCACUGUCUCGCUUUGUUUGGGCUCUCGGUCGGCGCUACUCGCGUGUUCACCCUGCCGUCUACUCUUGGGGUUUCAUUCUCGCCGACAUCAUUUGCACUCUGGUCUUAGGCGCAGGAGCGUCGUGGGCAGCAUUACUAGCGCCUGUACAGAUGGGUGAGAGGCUCAUGAUCGGAGGGCUGGCAGGACAAGCCUUUUGUUCGCUGCUGUUCGCCACUCUAGGCCUUGACUAUUACCUACGUCGACGCCGGAUGAUACGGGUCUCCCCUGAGGAGGACCAGGAUGGUGCCGAAUACCUGUGGUAUCUAGGCCGCGCCAAGAUUUGUGCCUUUGCGUACGUGACUGCGAUCUCCUCUGUGUGUCUGCUAACUCGAGCAUGCUUUCGCAUUGUGGAACUCAGCGGAGGCUUCAACGGCACCUUGGCUAGGAUCGAGCCUCUCUUGUUCGCCCUUGACGGUGUUCCAGUGUUGAUAGCCAGCACUGCGUGCACAUUGGUGACUCCACACCCUGAUUUUUGGCAUGCCAGUCGCAUCGCACAACAGGAAAGACCGAUUCAGGAUCAUUUGCCGCUCAAAGCCACCUACAAUCUGGAUCAGGGUUUGUGA